CACUACAAACGAGCAGAAACACAAUAGAGAGAGUGUUCAUAGAGCUCCAGUUUUCGCACAAAACAGCCGAACAUACGAGAGGAGUUGUUUUAUCCUGGAGACAACCAGUUGAUAGUCUGUUGUGCGCAUCCAGCGUAGUGCAGCGAACGUCUUAAAGAGAGCAACCUAGUUCGCGACUCAGCUCCAGAUUUGGUAUCCUCAUUCUUGGUUGUUGUUCCGUUUCUAACAAUAACUCAAUCCUCCAGUCCUAGAAAGCUACUAUGGCCCCAACUGCAUUUGUCUUUCGACCUGCAGUUUCCCCUGUCUCCUACAAACUUAAUAGGCUAGGAAUGACUUCCUCCCCCUUAGCAUUAGCGAACUGUUCCCACUUGGGAUUGCAAUUGAGCAGAAUCAUUAUAACUGCAGCGGUGCCUUUCGCAAAUGGGGUUGAUGCUUCAUCCUUCAAAACUCUAAUGAGGGAACUCAUUCGACAUUGGGCCAAAAUUUCUCUUGCGCCAUUGGCAUCCUUUGCCAAACUCUUAAGCGCGGUGAUGGCAUUUUGCUCUUGAGCCACACAUGAUGGAGCACUUAAGGCUCUGCAAAUGGGUUUUUAUUAAUUAUCUAUUAAUUAAUUAUUAAUCGAUUAUUCUUUAUCCUAGAUAAAUACGAGUUGGAAGAGGAUAAUCGAUUAAAAAUGAAUAUUCGAAGGAUAAUCCAGUAAGAUUUAUCUUAUCCGACUAGGUUUUUUAAUUAAGGAGUGAUUAUCUUCUUAAUUACCGUGACUUAUUCCCCACGAAAGAGGAAUAUUAUGGGGGACUCGACUCCUAUAAAUAGCCGAUCCCUCAGACCCUCUAAACACACCACAACGAGCAGAAACACAAUAGAGAGAGUGUUCAUAGAGGUCCGAUUUUUGCACAAAACUGUCGAGUAUACGAGAGGAGCUGUUUUAUCCUAGAGACGACCGGUUGAUAGUCUGCGGACAAGAGGAAAAAAUGCCAUGGACAAGAGGAAAAAACUGAACCCCGAAAAUGUUAUGUGCUACCUUGAGAAAUUUUAUGGUGUUUUGGGGGUGUAGAGCUGAUGGGUGGGAUGUCUUUGGACACAAGUAUGAAUAUGAAUUAAGGAAAUGGAACUGGAUAAGGACUUUUAUAUAUAUAUGUAUCGCGAGUUGUCGGUAUGUGCCUCUUGAUUUCGCUUCUUUCGUAACUAAAUACUUUUGUCCUUGUUGAUCAACCAUUGUGAAUGUGUCUUAACUUAUGGCACAUAAUUGAGAUAUUGAAGAGGCAUCUACCUUCUGGUCAUGAGGGGCAGAAACUGAAGAACAUUGACGUACGAUUUGAGGAAAAUAUGUAUAAUGCUUCAACUAGUCAGGUAUCUCUCUAAAAGCUAGUGAUGCUUGCAGAAUAUUUUCAUGAUGUCGCGUGAAUACAGAAGGAACUUUAGUUCCUAUCACUGUAUUUCCAAUAAAUAUCAAGGAUGCACUAAUUCUAUGUCAAACGUUUAUUUUGUUGAUGUAGUAUGAUUAUUUGAGUAAAGUAGCUUCGAAAUGGCCUACAUGGAGAGCAAAUUGCAGAAUGAUGGACCAUCACUUCCUACUCCAUUGCUUGCUAAUCAAGUUCAAGGAUCCGUACAGUUGUUAUGUCAGAAUACACAAAUAAAUCCAUAAAGGUAUGACUUCUAUAGGAGUUCAAAGUUUUGCUAGUUUUGCGUCUUCAUUGCCUCCUAUUUAUGAUUUGAAUCGAACUCCAACCAAUGUUGUUGGCCGAAUACUAACAUCUAGAAUAACAUAUCUGAUGUUGCACAGUUGGGUCCUUAAAAGUAAGUUCUUAGGUCUAUAGUAGCGAACACAGCAGUAGCUUUUUAGAACUCAUGUAACUACUCAAGCUUGUAGAUUUGAACCCCUAAUCCACUCAAUCCACAUAUUUACUUUUAUUUGCAAGUGCUAUCCAUCCUAAACUUAAAACAUCCCAAUAAUACAACUUAUGAAAUUUCUCUGUCAUAAGUUGAACUCAUUGUGAUCUACCGCUUGGUCAAAUACGAUUACACGGGUCAAUGAGUUCGGAAAAAAAUUUGGAAACAAAUAAACACAAAUUGUAUUCAUAUGUUUAUUUGAUUAUCAACUUGACACUUAUUUUGCUUGUUGCAAUAACAAGUAAACAAGUGUGGGGUGAUCAUUUCCUCCGUGAAACUAAAGUAUAUCAAGAACGAUCAUGGAACCGAAUAAAUGAUGAGAUGUUGAACGAGACGUUGGUGAUAUACACAAGAUUUGUGCGCCAUUUGAACAAAACAUUGUGUUUUGUAAUGCUUUUCAAAAUAUAAAUCUUGUUGCAAUUUGUUGUAAGCGAUGUGUAGCAAACUACUUAUUUUGUAACUAUAUGACUAUUAUUACGUCGUUGAAUUUUUAUUUUGUUUUAAGUUUAUGUAGUUAAUUUUUAUUAGUAUGAAAAAAGAUACUCGUUAGCCAAUUUUCUGGCUCCAUCCGUCACAGACUCACGGUUAACAAUAACAACACCAAUUAUCUCAUCACACUAUUAAAGCUUAUCCAAUCAUACCACACCACAGCCAACACGGGACAAAAUAGAGGCAAAAUGGAUUCUAACUAACAAUCGAAAGGUUAUGGGCUGGUUUGGUCAUACUUUAACUUUUGAAGAAGUAGCCUCUGGUUAGAGUUUUUAGAGAAGUAUUUUUUCAAAAAAGUAGUUUAGUGUUUGACUGAAAAAUUAUUAAAAGUGUUUUUGAUAUAAGACGUUAUGUAAAAUGACUAAGAAGGAAGGAAGAUUCUAAACAAUAAAAAGAAGUCAAAUGGAUCUUGUUAAAUUUAUUAUUAUUAAAUAAUAUACUUUUUUAUUUUAAUUUAUUUUUUAAAAAUAUUAAAAUAUGAUAAGCAUACUUAGUUUAUUUUUAAAAAAAUUUGAAUUUUUACUUUGAUGUUAAACAAAAAUAUUUUCCAAGUUUUUUAGAAUAUGAACUUUUAGAGGUCUUAUACCAUUCUCUUGAGGCUGAAAAAGCCGAGCAUCGGUUUUGGUUAGUCUGCCAUCUCGCACUCUGGGCCCACUCACUUGGCCUACAAUUUUCUGUUUCAGUCCGGCCCAUUAUAACUUGAAAAACAACACCUCCAACAUUCGAAUUAUUACUAAAAAAAUUCAAGAAAUACCUUAAUAACUGAACCGCGAAAAUUUCUCUGAUUCAUCUCUCUCCCGCAUAGUUUAAAUGCUUUCUUCUGCAAAUUUAUGGCGAAACCUCGUCGCUGGAAACCGCAACGAUCGAAAAUCUGGCCGGAGGAGGGCGAUACACUCUUUUAUUAUGGCUGGCGAUGAUUUGAAUCCUGCUGCUGAUCACGGGAAAGAAGCUCCGGUCGGUGAGGGUGGCUGGAAAGCUACUCUGCAGCCGGAGUCUCGGCAAAGGAUCGUCGACAAACUAAUGGAGACAUUAAAGCAGCAUCUACCAUGUUCUGGUGCUAAAGGGCUGCAAGCACUGAAGAACAUUGCUGAACAAUUUGAAGAGACGGUUUAUAGUGAUGCAACUAGUCAGUCUGAUUAUUUGCGCAAGAUUUCUUUGAAGAUGAUCGCAAUGGUGGGCAAUUCACAGAAUUCUAUGCCCAAUUCUUUGCUGUCUAACUCUGCUGACACCGGGGAUAAGCCCACUGAUCUUUGUGAAGAAGCUGCUGCGGACUGGAGAGCUGUAUUGACGCCACAGUCUCGGGAAAGGAUCACCUGCAAAAUAAUGGAGACGUUAACGAGGAAUUUACCUUGUUCUGGUCAAGAUGCGCUACAAGAACUGAAGAAAAUCGCAGGACGAUUUGAGGAAAAGAUUUAUAAUGUUGCAACUAGUCUGUCUGAUUAUUUGCACAAGAUAUCUUUGAAGAUGCUCACGAUGGAGAGCAAAUCAAAGAACUCUAUACCAAAUAAUUUUCCUUCUAACUCAGCUGGCACUGGUGGUAAGCCGCCUGAUCCAGGAGCAUUGCCUAAUAUCCAACCCCUUCAGUCACUUCCCAUUCUAUUGCCGGCUAAUCAACCUCAAGUACAACAAAAGUUGUUAUCUCAAAACCUGCAAAGCACUAUAACUUCCACUGGAUCUCAGACUUCUGCUAGUUCACCGUCUUCCUUGCCUCCUAUUUCUGGUACGAAUCAUACUCCAAUCAACGUCGUUGGCCAGAGUGCUAACAGCAUGCCUGGUGUUGUGCAAAACCCAGCUGGUAGUACUUCGACGGCCCUAGGGGUUCCAUCCAACAUGUUUGGCAAUGCGCAGCUGUUGAUGCUGCUCCAACAACAGCUAAUACACAUCCAAGACCAGUUGCAACAGCUCCAACAACAGCUGCUGAUGCAUUCACAACUUCAACGACAUAUGCAGCCUCAAGCAAGCACUAUGCAGAUGACUCAAUUGCAGCCCCCUACAUGGAGUAACCUUUAUGUUAACCAUCAGCUUCCACAAAUGAUGCGGCUGCCUGGAACUCAUUCUGGUAACUCCAGGAUGCAGAGUAGCCUUUUUGGUAAAGAUCAGCAACAAUCAAUUCCUCAAAGUAAUUUCUCAAUUCUGCAGCAGCUAAUCCUGCAACAACAGCCUGUUGGAACCAUGUCUGCUAUCCCAAGCACGCAGAGUAACCUUUCUGCGUCACUAGAUUCCAUGGCACAAACUGGUCCUGCAAACGGAGGUGAUUGGCAAGAGGAAGCCUAUCAAAAGAUCCAGACCAUGAAGGAAAUGUACCUACCCGAGUUAAAUGAAAUGUACAAGAAAUUCGAUUGGAAGUUACAGCACCAUAACGAUUCAACUGUGCUCAAGGCUCAGGUGGAGAGCUUGAUGUCUUUCCUAAAAGUAUCGAAAAACAACGUCUUGCGCGGUUACAAGAUGUGGAUUGAUUCCUACGACAAGCAGAUCAUAGCUCUCUUGAACGAGCAUAGGCCCAGCAAGCGUAUGCGACAACAGCUCCCCUCUUCUGAAAUGCAAAUGUCACCGCCGCUGCAUCAGAUCGAUGAUGUGAACGAGGUGAAACCCGACAUUUCUUCUCUUUCAAAUGCCGGCGAUGUUGCGUCAACUGUUCAAGAGGUACAGAACUUGGGGCAGUUAAAGCGGUUAGUAUAAGGCAAAAAGUGAACCUUUCACGAAGCAACAACAAAGUUGAAUUUUGUUUACUCAUUUAAGUCUGGAUUUGUUUCUUUUUUCUUCUUCGUAUAAUUGAGUUACGAAUUGGUUUUGUACUCAAAACGAUAUUUUUAGCCACUGCGUGCGUUUUUGCCAAAGUGGGUUGGUUGCUAAGUUUUGGGGUUUAGGGCGCAUUUGAGUUUUGACGGCUGAAGAACAUAGAUGUCAUGAAAUGAGCUAGGUCCAGAAAACUUGCGUACUUUGCAUGAUGUUAAAUGUUAGCAUGAUAGUAUAUUGGGGGUUUUUUAAUUGAGUUUUUUUAUUUAGUUUAUUGUUAUAGUGGAUUGUAAACUAAGCUUUUACUAAUCAUUUCAUCAACGGGUUAGUCGUCAUAAAAUUGCCUUACAUCCAAUCUUAACGGACAAUAUGUGUUUUGAGGUAAAAAUAAUUCUGAAGUUAAACG